AUGGCAGAGCGAGCUUUCCUCUCCCUGCCCUUCCCUCGAGCUCACACAUGCGCCGCCACCUGCCAGUCAUUACCUCCUGAGAAAGGCUUCAGGCCUGGUCGGCCCUGCCAUGGGGCAUUUCAAGCCAAGGCAGCAGCAGCCGCCGCAGGUGCUGAGGGGGGCUGCUCUUGGGCCUCCUGGGCCUCCUGGGCCUCCUCCUCCCCCCCCGCCUUGGAGCCUUACCCUCAGGAUUGCCUGCACGGACUGGCAGCCGCUCUCCCAGGCUCUGGGCAGGAAUCUCUCCCGGCCAGCCCUCCAUGUGGAGGAGGAGGAGGCGGCUGCUGCUGCUGCUGCUGCUGCUGCCGCCGCCGGGGGCUGAAGCCGGACCGAAGCUCCUCCACUGGGCCGCAGCCGCACCCCUUGCCUGAGGGCGCUCCCAGGAGAAGACGUUUGCAUGAGGAAAAGCUCUCGCUGCAUCUACCCAGCCUUGGCAAAUAUCCACACACCAUCCUGAACCCGCCACUUUUCUCAAUGGAUGUCCGUUGGAUGCUGUGCCUGUGGGAAGCCAGCUCAUCAGAGAGAAGUCUCCAUGCUCCCUCCUCUUCCAGAGGCAAGGAGGUGUCUGCUCUGGGCCCGUGUCCCACUCUAAGGCUCCUUCUCACGAGGCUGCUAAUAAAGGUGGGAGGAGCGCCCAGCCAGGCUGAGAGAGCCAGGUGUGAACUGGAAGAUCAAGGCAGCUGACUCAGAAGGUUCCCCAGUAUUUCAGGGAUGAUGUGUGGCUGCUUGUCCUGGCCAGAAGAUGGAUUGCUUGUUCAUUCAUUCCAGAGUCCAUUCCAGAGUCGCUGGUUAUUGUCAUUUUGCUUGCUGGUGUGAAGGAAUUGGCAGGGAGGUUCAUUGCCACAGGCUUCGGCAUUCCGGGGGGCGGGGGGAGAAAUCCCACCCCGCUCCUCUGGGUCAGCAACCACCAUCCCACCCACACCUGGCGGGUGUUGGCUCUACUGGUGAUCCUGUUGAUGCCCUGUUGGAGGACUAGAACAGCAAGCUCCCCAGGGCAGUGGACGUGAUCACUCCUAAGUGUCCUCUCCGACUCGCUUCAGAAUGGGCCCCUUGGUAUGUCGAAGAACUAUGGGGGCUGGAGCGACUGGAGUGCAAGGGGAGAAAGAUUGGACUCAAAGCUGGCCGGUUACAACACAGAGCGCUUUUGAAGUGAUUCUUUUCUGCCGGUAUUUGCAUCCGCAAGCUCACGUCUGGCUGGGCACACAAAGCCAACGCUCCAUCGCAGAGCUACGGCCCCCACCUCUCAGGGGCAGGGCUGUCCCUAGGGCGUGACAAGCAGGGUGACUGCCCCAGGCCCCACUCUCUUAGGCCCCACAAGAAUGAACUGGAAGGGGGCCCACAUGCCACCAGGACAACCCUGCUCAGGGGAAUACCUUACAGCACUGACAUGUAGACUCCCAUCCAGUGCAAACCCAGGUGGACCCUGCUUAGUAAAGGGGGCCAUUCAUGCUACUACCACAAGACCAGCUCUCCUCUCCUCCUCCUCCUCUGGAGCCAGUCCAAGGCCUGUUUGGCUAUGUGGGGAAGAGACGGAAUGCCCUAGAGAUUCUUGUCACUGGGCUGUGUCUGAUGGAUUCUGGCCUGGGGCAGAGGAACCAGAAACCCCUACUCCAACCACUAGACAGUGAAGCCGACAGGCCAAGGGGCACGAUGGACUCAUUUCAGUGUGGAGUUCCCCAGUGGGCUGUAUCCCAGGGGUCGGAUCGGGUCAUCCUGCCAUUUCCUGCCCUUGAUGGGACCCCAAGCCUGCCUCAUGAGGCUGGCGUUUCAGUUGCCUCGGGAUCUGGCCACCAAACAAAACUCAUAUGCGGGGAGUUCAGAGGCGAUAGAUCUGACACGGGUGGGAACAUCAGGGCUUAUGAGAAACACCCCCCUCCCCUGAGCCCUCGUCUGCACAGCCUGCUCAUCAGGCAAGUCUAAUAUUGCAUGCUCACGCUCUGCCGUGCAGCUCCGAUGGGAGGCUGACCUGCUGCUGUCUCAGGGCAAGUGCGCAGAAGUGUGUUCUUAAUCAGGGCUCCCAGAAGGCCGGGCACAGGGCGGGGUGGGAAAUGAAGCCGUCACAAGCGGCAAAUGCCACACAUGGAGGAUUCCCAACCUUUCACUCUGGAUUCAGCCGCGGUGGCCUGGAAGGUCAGCUAGCAGAAGCCCCCCAAGGCCGCACAGCUCCGUCCGUGUCAGAGGAGGAGGAGGAAGUUUGCCCAGACCAGCCAGGCCUUGUGGUUCUGCAGCUGGCCCCGUCCUCUGCCACACAUGAGGCAUCGCCUGCUCUGCAGGCAAUGCAGGAAUCCUGCCCAGAGCCUCCCAAGAAGGAAGGCCAAGCACCUUCCCUGCAGAAGCAUCGGAGGAGGAGGAGGCGGAGGCCAUGUGACUCCCUCUCUCCUAAUCCGGGUUCUGGGGCAAGGCCGGGGGCCUCCGGACGGCCUUGGCCCCUUUGCCCACGAAGCAUCCUUCCCUCAGAGGAUUUCCUCCCCAGCUACCUCUGCCGGCAGUCCGCUGGGCUCUGCCUGAGAGGAGACCCAGGUGGGCCAAACAUUAAUCAGGGAGCAGAGAUGGACAUGAAUGAGCCGAUGGCAAGCAGAGAGGGAAAGGCAGGCAGAGACCAGAUCCAGCCUCCCUGCAGCUGCCCAUGUGCUCUGCUGCACUGAACGGAUGGCGGCCUGAGGCUCUCAGGCUCUGUUCCCUGCGCCUUGCUCAGACAGAACUCGCCUCUCUUGACAGACGUGGUAUCCCCAGAGUGGCUCCGGCGGUCCCUGGAGAGGGCCCACCUCACAGGAUUGUUGUGGGGACAAACAUAACCAUGUCCACCGCUCUG